AUAUAUAUACCCUUAAACCCUACUCCUUUGCUUCAUUCUUCUUCUUCCAUUUCCUCUGCCUCUUUCUCAGAUCACACAAAAACCCUAAUUUCAAGUCUUCGUUCACCAGAAUGGCUUUCUGCAACAAACUCGGUGGUCUAUUGAGACAGAACAUUUCUCCGAGCGGAGGUAAUGUUCCGGUUACAUCUAUGCUUGGAUCUCUUCGAUUGAUGUCUACCAAGCUUUUCGUUGGAGGUCUGUCAUGGGGAACUGAUGAUCAGUCCUUGAGGGAUGCUUUUGCUCACUUCGGUGAAGUUGUUGAUGCCAAAGUCAUCGUAGAUAGAGAGACAGGAAGAUCAAGGGGUUUUGGAUUUGUCAACUUCAAUGAUGCGACUGCUGCAUCUGCUGCUAUAUCAGAGAUGGACGGAAAGGAUCUGAAUGGUCGUAACAUCCGAGUGAACCCUGCUAACGACAGACCAAGUGCUCCCCGGGCAUAUGGUGGUGGUGGUAGCUACGGAGGCGGUGGUAGCUACGGAGGAGGUGGUAGCAGCUAUGGAGGAGGCGGUGGUAGCUAUGGAGGAGGUGGUGAUGGAGGUGGUUACUAAACAGAGAGGAGUUGCUUGUGAAGAAGAGUUUAAAAAGUGGUUCUGUUUAGUUGGUUUCUUGAAUUGAAUCGUGUGUUAGUAUAAAACCUGAAUGGGAUUUGCUAAAAAAACUCAUUUCUGUUUUGGUUGAAUAUUUUAUUGCCCGCAUUAGGUGCAUUUUAAUACGGCUUUUUCCCUCUCGA